AUGCCCUGGGAGGCGUCCAGAAGGCAUUCGAAACAGAUGCCCGAGUCUCCUCAACUGGCUCCUUUUGAUGUGGAGGAGAAGCGGCACCACUCCCAGCUCCUCCCGGAUCUGGCACAGCAAUCAUGGGUCAUCAGUGUGAACAGCAGAGGAGAAAGCACACAUCCUUGUGGCACCCCGGUGUUUAUGAUGGUGGUCGCUGAGGAGUUGUUUCCGACUCUGACUGUCUGCGGUCUGUUUGUGAGCCAUGCAGAGGUGGAGUGCUGUUGCUAUGGCGUCAUCAGUGGAGCGCUUGGGGCGUCUUUGGCUACUGAAGAGAUUUUUGAGCUGUUUGAAAGAACGAUAACAGACUACAAGGAGGAAAUUUGUCGACAACGCAAACUACUGGACGCUGUUCUCCAGCCUGAAGUCCGCUUACACAGAGCCGACGUGGAGCUGCGGUCGGUGAGUGAAGGAGAGGAUCCCCCUGAGCGGCUGGACUGGAGCCCCAAUCUGGACAAGCAGGAGCCACCAGAGCUGCCACACACUGAAGAGGAAAAGGAGGAGCUGUGGACCAGCUUCAAGCCACUUCGAGGGCUGGAGGAGACUGAUGUCAUCGAGGCCAAAUUCACUCCUGUCUCUGUGAAGAGUGAAGAAGAGGAGGAGGAGAAACCUCAGUCCUCUCUGCUUCAUCAAAGACAGAUUGAAGAGAUGAAAACAGAACCUGAUGGAGAGGACUGUGAAGGACCAGAACCAGCCAGGAGCUCAGAUCCAGAUACCCAACCAGAUACUGAUGACAAGAGUUCACGCUCCUCUGACUGUGAGACCGAUGACAGCUGUGACUGGAAGGAGAGCAGAGAACCUCGGUCAGGUUUAAGCCCUCUGCAGGACAAUGAAGGACAUCAGCAGAAACACGGUGGACUCCAAACAGAAGAGAGACCAUUUAGCUGCUCAGUUUGUGGUCAAAAAUACCACAGGAAGAAAUCCUUCAUGACUCACAUGGAGCUUCAUUCAGAAGGAAAACGUUUCAGCUGCUCAGUUUGUCAAAAAACUUUUCAGCGGAGAGCGGAUGUUGCGAGUCACUUGAGGACCCACACGGGGGAGAAACCCUUCAGCUGCUCAGUUUGUGGCAAAAGAUUCCGCCAGAAGAACUAUUUAUCGGAGCACAUGAGAGUCCAUUCAGCAGAAAAAUGUUUCAGCUGCUCAGUUUGUCAAAGACCUUUUCGGUGGAGAUCAGCUGUUGUGGUACACAUGAGAGUCCACACUGGAGAAAAGCCCUUCAGUUGCUCUGUCUGUAGCAGAAAAUUUUCACUGAAGUUGCAUUUGAGACAGCACAUGAGAAUUCACACAGGAGAGAAACCUUUCAGCUGCUCAGUUUGUAAACAAAGUUUCAAAUCCAGCACCAGUUUAUCCUAUCACAUAAGAACCCACACUGGGGAAAAACCUUUCAGCUGCUCAGUUUGUGCUAAAAGAUUCCUCCUGAAGAGCUCAUUAACGGAGCACAUGAGAGUUCAUUCAGGAGAAAAACAUUUCUGCUGCUCAGUUUGUAAAGCAGCUUUUCGGUGGAAAGCAACUCUUCACACUCACAUGAGAGUCCACACAGGAGAAAAGCCCUUCACUUGCUCUGUCUGUGGUAAAAGUUUUGCACAAAGCACAAACAUGAAACAACACAUGAGAGUCCACACGAGAGACGCCUUUCAGCUGCAGCGUCUGUGAUAAAAGAUUCAUUCAACUUUGUAAUUUGAAAACACGAGUGUGUCGGUGAGAGCAGCAGGAGCAAAUGAAGCUGCAGAGCUGCUCGUCGAGCCACUUUGUUCCAGCGACAUUGAAGCGCUGAGGUCGAGGCUUGGCUCAAUGCUGACCAGCGAUACACACUCCAACAUAAAUCUUUUUAGCUGAGAUGACAACACGUAACUGUUCUGUCCCAGACUUCAGACAGACUUUUGCUUUUGCACAGUUCAGCACCUGCUUGCAGUCCAGUGUAUACUCAUACUAGUGAAGUGCAGAACAGCAGGCAGAUUGCUGUGUCAACAAAAACAGCUAACAAG